AUGACCGCAUUUCUGAAAAAGCACCCAGAUGUUUUGCUGCACAGGGACCUGAGUGCCUUAACUCCAGCCGAGGCAAAGCGCUACUUGCUUUUUGUGGAACCUAAGAAAGUUGACAACAGAGGCAUACUCCCCCGUGAUUCGACAGAUAGCAUGAGCAGCAAAGGCUGCAGGCAGUGGGAGCUGCCUGCGGAGCCAGAAAUGGAGCAGCGAAACCGCCUCUUUGGAGUGCUGAAGGCUUCUGAGGCUCGAAGCCGAGUCCGAGCGCUACGACUCCGAUAUACACGGAUGAGGGCUGAGGAGAUAAAGCACCUGAUUAGCAGGCAGAAAACAGCCCGGGCAGCAAUCCGACUUGAAAUAUUCCUGCCCCCUCGUCUGAACCCCACGAAGAUCCCGGACUGUUUGGACAGACGUGAGAGGCACCGAGUAGAGGCCAUCCUGCAAGAAGACAACAUCCAUCCACUGUUCAGAUGAUGUGGAGGAAUCAGCUAGGAAUCAUUUUCGCUUACAAACUCUGGACCAAAAAGAAAAAGAAAAAAAAAACAAGAGAGAAGAAUUCUUUCCACCUGAGACUCUUUUAUCUUCUAUCACAGUAUUCCCUGAUAGCAUGACUAAGACUCUAAUUUUGUGACCAUAAGUUGGAUACGUGGGUCAGGUAUAUGCCCACAUGCUGGCUUCACCACCACACAAACAAGCCUCCUUGGCCCAGAUAAGAUUACAGACACACAUAAUGGAUAUAGGCACCAGGCAUACUUUGCUGGAAUCUAGAUCAAAAAUGCUGUUAAAAAAAACACAUGAAUUUCAUCAGAAUAUCUGACAAAGUCUUUUAUACCAUUGUUAUGGAUAAGGAGGCAAGAUAAGGGCUAAAUGACUGUCCCAAACUAAAUUUGGAACUAAUCAAAUGACUGGACCCAAAGAGCAGUCCAUCUGAUGGAAAGUCUUAAAAGAAGUAUUCUAGCAAUCAAUCCUGGGUCUUGUACUAUUCAAUAUGAUUAUUAGUGACUUGAGAUGAGCUAAAGCUGAGAAAGAUAGGUAACAGGUUGGAUGCCAGAAUCCAAAAAGAGCUCCACAGGCUAGAAUGAUUGGGCCAAAACUAAUGAGAUGAAGGUUAAUAGAGAUAAAUGUAAAUUCCGACACAAGUUCCAAAAGAUCAAAUACACAAAUCCAGGAGUAGGGGGAAACUUUUCUAUACAACAGUUCA